AUGUCCGAACCGCCGAACCCGAGCACGCAGCCCAAGCACCGGGCCUGUGAUGAGUGCCGGAAGCGAAAGCUAGCCUGCUCCAAGGAGCCGGACGGCUGCUAUCGCUGCCGACGCGACGGCGUGGACUGUGUGUAUUCGGCGCAGCGCCCGAUGGGUCGACCUCGAAAGCGGCCACGCCCGGAUUUCGAGACGACAGCCGACGCGAUGUCUUCGUUCCAUGUCGUCACUGCCAGCACUGCCAGAGCUGCCAGCACCGACACGACUGUUGCUGCUUCUGCCGUGCCGCCUCUCGAGAUCGACAUGGAGGGUCUGUCCUUCUUGACCGACCAGGCAGCCACGCCGGGCAGCUUCUUCUUUGAUCUUCUCGGGCUCGGCGACCCGGGACUGGACCCGAUGAUGGAGCCAGGUGCACCGAUGUCGACUUUGAUGCAAGCACAGACACAGACGCAGACUCCAGCAGCACCUGUGUCACGGCCGAGAGAGCCUGGACGAGCGUGUAUCUGGGGCGGCUGGGACAUUCUGGAAAUGUCCAACAUUGAUUUUGGGAGCACCCAGGGCGACACGCCAGCCGGCAGACCGGAUCAGAGCCAGACCGUGACAGACCCGGUCCCUCUGGCCAGCGAAUCUUGUCCUUCUGUUUCAGCCUCGGCAACUGCGAGCUGGCCGACGACGCCGGCACCCAGCCCGCCAUGCGACUGCAGCGGACGGCUCUUCCUGGCGAUGGAGUCGCUGCGGCCGCUGCCGAGCGACGUGACGGCAGCACUGCGGGUGGCACGAACAGCAGCACGCGUGGCGUACGAAGUGGUCCAGUGCGCGGAGUGCUCGCCGCCGGCCAGCAUGGCGGAGGCGCAGACGCAGACACAGGCGCCGUCGAUGCAGAUGUAUCACAACACGGGGAUGCUGGGGAUGUUGCUGCCGGUGAUCGCACACGCGUACCGGCGGAUCAUCGCGAUGGUGGAUGCAGAGGCAAUGCGGGCGGAGGCGGCGCGACAGCGGCUGUCGAUGUCGGUGCGAGCGUACGGCGGAAUCUGGGGCGGACUGGCGCCGUGGGAGGAUAUGUGCCUGACGAUGGCGGGCAUGGACGGCAGCCUGGUGGAGCCGACGCUGUGGCGGCUGGUGGUGCGGGCACUCCUCAAGGUGGACGUGUACGGGAUCCGGGCGAACAAGGAUGAGAUUGCCAGCAGCAGCGCGUCGGUGAGGCCGCGACUCAACAUGGACGGCCCGCUGUCGACAGAGGCAUCGUUCUCGGUCCAUCUGGGGCUGCGCGAUAUUGUGCAGCUGAUGGAGAUGCGGUUUCAGGUGCGACAGGCCUGUCUGGAGGCUGGGCUGGCACUGGAGAGCGCGGCCGAGAGCGGGCGACACUCGUGCGAGAAGGUGAUUGACGUGGCCAGGCGAGAGAUUGAAAAGCUGGUGAUUGUGUGA